AUCAUUAGUUAGAAAAUAGGAAAAAUAGUUAAUAGUUACUACUAAUCAACUGACUAUAGUAAAAAUUAAAAACUAAACAGCGGAUCUUGUAAUAUUGUAUCGCCGACAUGAAUAUCCGUUGUGCGAAGCCCGAUGACUUAAUGAGUAUGCAGCAUUGCAAUUUACUCUGUCUGCCUGAAAAUUAUCAAAUGAAAUACUAUUUUUAUCAUGGCCUAACAUGGCCACAACUUAGUUAUGUUGCCGAAGAUGAUAAAGGAAAUAUUGUUGGUUAUGUUCUUGCAAAAAUGGAGGAGCCAGAACCUGGUGAGGAAAGUAAACAUGGUCACAUUACCUCAUUGGCGGUGAAAAGGUCAUAUCGUCGUCUGGGAUUGGCGCAGAAGCUAAUGAAUCAAGCAUCCCAAGCGAUGGUAGAAUGCUUCGAUGCACAGUAUGUUUCUUUGCAUGUUCGUAAAAGUAAUCGUGCAGCUCUCAAUCUCUACACCGAUUCUUUAAAAUUCAAAAUAAUCGAAAUCGAACCGAAAUAUUAUGCAGACGGUGAAGAUGCUUAUGCCAUGCGGCGUGAUCUUAGCGAAUUUUCCAAAAAAGAAAAUUCCGAUGAGAACGCACAUGAAAAUAAGGCUAGUACUGCAGACGGCGCUGACAGGGAUAAGAUUAACUACAGGCAAGCAGUGUCGCAUGAUCACAGCGGCCAUGACGGUCAUUGCUGUUGAGGUGGAGAAAUAGUAUGGUGUUCUUAUGAAAAUUGGGUAUAAUUUUAUAAUUUGUAUAUGUAUUUGGAAAUUAUUUCGUAUCUUAAUAAAUUGUGAAUUAAUCCUUGAUGGAUUUUGUGCUACCAAA